AUGGCGCGGAAGCUAUCAGAAGCAUAUUCAUCCCCUAAUACCACCUCUAUAAAUCUCACUCAGUUACUAUCUCGGCUGGAAAGCAACAUACUAUCGCCUUCCGCGGACCUGAAGCCCCUGCUAAGAUCGCAAUAUCAUAGAGCUCGCGUUGGUGCUAAUAUAGAAUAUGGCCGCAACUUACUACUCCAGCUUGAACGAAACUCGGCAGAUAUAAAGCACCCGCAACGCAGACAAACCGUUCAAUCGGACCUGUCCCAGAAGAGGCAACAGCUUAAGAUACUUCGACAGAGAUUAGAUGGCCUCAGCACCCAGGCACAUGCUCGCGCAACGGCAGCAGCUAAUACCACGACCUCCUCUUCCUCCGAAUACAUAGCGGACGCAAGCGUCUACUCGUCAGAAGAUGAAGAAGACAUCCUCCCCACGCCACAAGACAGCAUCACGCCAGAAAACCUAUCUUCACAGGCCUCGACAAAUUCCGCGAAUAUAAGAGAUGAAUCCAGACCGGCAGAAGCACAGGAUCAAUCGGCUGCAUCAGAAGCAAGCAUGAGUUCCGUGAUUCCCACGCCACCAUCUUCCUCCUACGGUUCCGCAUCAACUCACAGCGAAGCACAUGGUUCAAACACACUACGCAGCCGAAAUACAAUACCAGCCACUCAAACUCCAACAGAUACAGCCGUCCGCCCUAGUGAAGCCGCCAGAUCAACAGGGGCAUUUACGACUUCCGCAUACCCGAUAACGUCUACACCCACGGGUCCCUUAAAGCCCGCCCCGAGCCCCAACCCUUAUUUCCGCCCCCGAGAUCCCUCCAGAAAAGAAAUCGAUCUCGAUCCAGAAGCCUCCCUGGCCCAAGAUCGCCAAGAACAGGAGUCACUAACGGAUUCUUUGCUCAUGCUUGCCCAGCAGCUGAAGACCUCGACGCAGACAUUCAAUACAACUCUUGAGUCGGAAAAGUCGAUUAUAGAUCGUGCCGUGGAGGGACUGGAUAGGAACACAACUGGUCUGGAGUCGGCGGGGCAGAAGAUGAGUAUGCUUCGACGGAUGAGUGAGGGCAGAGGAUGGUGGGGGAGGAUGUUGAUGUAUUUAUGGAUAUUCGGGCUGUGGAUUGUGGCUAUUAUGAUUGUAUAUGUUGGGCCCAAACUGAGGUUCUGA